CAGCCGCCAUUGUCCAGCGGGAGGCCGGUCUGGGUGGUUCCCACGACGGGGCUACGUUUAAGAUCAGGGUCGCCUUGGACGUCUGUGGCUGACCUGUUGGUCUAGGAUGGACCAGAAGGACAAAGCGGCAACAGUGACGAUGGCCUCACGGCCGCAAGCAACCCAACUUCAGGAGCCAGUGACUUUCCAAGAUGUGGCUGUGGACUUUACCCAAGAGGAGUGGGGGCAGCUGGACCCCACCCAGAGGACUCUGUAUUGUGAUGUGAUGCUGGAGACCUUCGGGCACCUUCUCUCUGUGGGCUGGAUUCUUGAACCUGAAGAUCACAUACUGCUCAUGGACCAGGGCCUCCCAAAAAUGGAACCAUCCCCCGUUACAGAAAAGGAUGGAUUUGCAAAGGCUGGGCUUUGUUGUUCUGUGAUGGAGAUAGAUCAGGAAAGUGAUGGCCAGAAGCAGGCACUCCAGGACCAGAGUAACUUAGGACAGGUGAAUGAUCCCAAAGAGAUAGCAGUUCAAAGUCAAAGCCUCAAAAGUUAUGGACUUGUGGAAACCCGAGUUCUUGGCUUAAACACGGAUCUGUUAGCAGAUAUUUCUGGAAGAGCGUACGGCUAUGCCUACGGCACAGAAGAUGACCCAAGCUUUGUCAGUCAGUGGAUAGAUUCCUCAGCAGCACAGCCCUUCGAUGACAGUGGAGGUCGAAAAGCCUUUGAUCAGAUUGUGCCCAUUACAGAACUCACAAAAAGUCAAGUGCAAGACAAACCCUAUAAGUGUGCUGAUUGCGGGAAGUCAUUUAACCAUAAUGCACAUCUCACAGUGCACAAGAGAAUUCAUACGGGGGAAAGACCUUACAUGUGCAAAGAGUGUGGGAAAGCCUUCAGCCAAAACUCCUCCCUUGUUCAACAUGAGCGAAUUCACACUGGGGACAAGCCUUAUAAGUGUGAUGAAUGUGGGAAAUGUUUUUGCCACAGUACACACCUUACAGUCCAUCGGAGAAUUCACACUGGAGAGAAACCCUAUGAGUGUCAGGACUGUGGGAGGGCCUUCAAUCAGAAUUCAUCCCUAGGGCGACACAGGAGGACACACACGGGGGAGAAGCCGUACACCUGCAGUGUUUGUGGGAAGGCCUUCUCCCGGACCACUUGCCUCUUCCUGCACCUGCGGACACACACUGAGGAAAGGCCGUACGAGUGCAAUCACUGCGGAAAGGGCUUCAGGCACAGCUCCUCCCUGGCCCAGCACCAGCGGAAGCACGCUGGUGAGAAACCCUAUGAGUGCAGACAGAGGCUGUUCUUUGAGCAGGCACCAUCUUUAACAAUGCACCAGUGGACAGGGCCCCUCAGCUGUGACCCACCGCUGAGUCAGGGUGAAAGGACUCAGCGGAGCGAUAGGCCCUUCAAAUGUAAUCAGUGUGGAAAAUGUUUCAUUCAGAGUUCUCACCUCAUCCGACAUCAGAUAACCCACAACAGAGAGGAAGAACCACUACGUGGACGUAGCAGAAAGCGGGAACAGCCCUGUAGGCGGGGCUCAAGACUCAUUUGGAAUCCACACUCAAACUCAAGAGAGCUUCCUAUAGCCCAGGCAAAAGCAGGACAAGCGAGCAGAGCCCUGGCCUUGUUUGACCUUCAUGAAAUUAUGCAGGAGAAAAACCCUAUGCAUGUUAUUGGGGUAGAAGAACCUUCAGUGGACAACUCCAUGCUGUUUGACACCAGAGAAUCUAUAUAGGAAAAUAAUUCUUCGGGUAACUUUUGAGUUACCAGGCAAAAACAGUGUAUGGGUGGCAAGAGAAGAUGAUACAAUGUCAGUAGUGACCUCUGACCUUGUAAGGAAGGGGUGCCUCCCACACAGUUGAGGUUGGUGGUUCUCAAAUGUAUCAAACUCAGUUCCCGUUUUUGUUUGUUUUCUGAGACAAGGCCUCAGGCUCGCUAUAUAUCCAAGGAUGACCUUGAAUUUUCUGAUCCUUGUGUUUUCAUUCACCUCCCUAAUUCUGGCAUCAUGGCCAUAAGCCUCUAUACCCAGCAAAACAGACACCUUGCAAUAUCUUCUCCAUUAUCCCACAGUGAGUUUUCCAGUAAUAAAACCUCUGCACAGGCAUAGUGUGGAAAUAGCAUAUGACCCUUGUUGUGUGUAAUUUUAAAAAAUUAGCUUCCAUCUUUGCCCGGGACUGUGGCCCUUGCUCCUGGUUUAGCUCCAAGAUCAGUCUCACUCCCGACUUGUGUGUUCCUCCCGGCUUAGCUCCGCCAACGGCCAGCCACUGCCUUUCCCGGGAGCUGCAGCCGAUCCCCCGUUCUUUGUAAAGGAUAGUUAAAGUAAUUAAUGGUGUAUUGUGUGGUAUCUUACCAUGUCCCAUGUGGGCCCAUUUUUACCAGGAGAUCCCAGUCUAGAAUGUUCAGACUGGUUCAAGGUAUACUGCUGUUCACAAAAGAUGCCAUAAGGGACUUAAUCAUGCCAAAGAGGUUUUGCAGAAUAGUGAUGAAUUCUUAUGAAAGUUUGAACAAAUUAAAAUGCUAUUGUAUUUGUGGGAAACUGCCCAAAUUCCAAAUGUACCCAAAGUAAUGUGUGUUUCUAUGUGAAUUCAAGUCAGAAUCCCAGUUUCUGUAUCACACAGGUUAAGUCACGUGUAGCUCAGUUCCACACUUGACAGUCAUCGCAGCA